AUGAACCGAUAUGCUAGUCCAAUCAAUCCAGCCGUGUUUCCUCAUCUGACGAUCGUGUUACUUUCUAUCGGAAUAUUCUUUAUGGCUUGGUUCUUUGUGUAUCCUUUGAUUUAUACCUGUCACGAAGAAAAGCUUUGAUCAGCAUGAACCGUUUAGUUUUUAUGUGGUUGCUGCCCGUUUGCAGUUUUUAGCCAGUGGAUUUUCAAGAUUCUAACUCUUUUGACAGAAAAUAAUCCUAGGUAUUCUGCAUUUAAGCCAAGCCCUAAAUUUCUUAACAGAAUGAGUCGCAUUUAAGUUUUUUACCGUUAAGGAAUAUAUUUUGUGUUCAACUCUGAUUGUUGAGAGUUCAUGGUGUCACGCAAUCUUAAACAAGAAUUAUUACACUUUACUUCCAGUUAUUUUCAGUUUAUGGGGUAAAUGGGGUUGAUGCGAAUUUAGUUGUCUAGAGGAUCUGUGAUUUCAUGAUAAUGAUGAUGAUAAUAAUAUAAUAAAAAUAAUAAUAGUAAUAAUGAUAAUAAUAAUAAUCUUCAUUCAAUACUAUACCUGGCAACUUUUUCAAAUUUAUAGGGGUGACAUUUUUAGAUCUUUUUAUCCUGGGAGUGCCAGGAUUUUUUAUAGGAGUCAGAUAAUAUCUGAAGAUGUCUGAAAAACGUUCCGAAGAGUUCCGCCUAACACAAAAAUGGGAACAUGAAGAAACAGUGACUUUCCCUACUAAAAUAAGAGAAUCUGGAGAAAGUUGAUCAUUCACAUGGACUUUUCUUUACUGGUUCCAGUUUCUUUAAAUAAUUAGCAUGUUUUUCAAAAUGUGUCAGCUAAUACUGUAAUGACUCAAACAUUUCUACCAGGCGCAAGAAAAUUAUUGGAAUACAGUCGUGAGUAGGCUUGAGAUUGAAGUUUUCGAUCUUCAUGUGUGACAGUCAUGCUAUAGGCAUGACACUUGGCAGGUAUGCAACACAGCUUCUCAACAGUUUGUUGGCGUCUUCUUUUUAUCAGGUCACUGCCUGAGACCUCGGCUGUCCUAGCCUUUUAAGCCUUAAGAUCCACAUACAAUUUCUUCAGUCUUAUCUCCAUGCAUUUCUUUCAAGAACAGAAUUUGGUUUAAGAUCAAAGCAUUCUUCCUUUGGUAAUCAACUGAGUAACUCUCAUAACAUUUCCUCUUGAUGAUCUGCAGGCGCCAGUUGCCCAAAAGGUGGAUAGCGCAAUCCACUGGAUAAAUCACUAUCCACUGGAUAGCACAAUUGGUUUCCCUAAUACUUAUUCAAUGGAUAGCGUUAUCCAUCGUUUGAACAACCAGGGCCUGAUGUUGUCAGGAGAAAAUUGAUGUUGGUCACUCUUGGGACCUAAGGGGUUAAGACUUUGUGAAGGAGUGUGGCAUUUCCCAGUAAGCAUGCUCUCUGUAAUAAUGUGUGGUUCCAGAAAAUAUCCAUACCCCCCCUCCCUCCACGGAAGAUCAUUGGAAAUUCCGAGGGGGAGGGGGGGUUCAAAGGCAGCUAUUUCCAAGGGGUAGGGGGGUUCAUGGGAAACAACUUUCCAGAGGUUGACGAACCACGAACAAAACACUGAAAGUAACGUACAAUCGAUCGUAAGCACAAAACAUACGUACGUUGUUUUGAAACCAAAAUCACUACUCCUGGCCAUUGAGAUGAGGUUAACAUCAUUAGCUUUACCACCGUUUUCCUUGAUACGCGACUUUCCAAAUCAAAACACCCGCUGAAACGUUUCCAAAAUUUCCGUCAAUCAUACUCGUCAUACCAUAUAUGGAAGUGUUGGACUGGGCCUGAAAAUUUAAAAUGUGGCGGCCGGUCGAAGUUACAUGUAAACAUGGUGGCAAGUUAUUCGUUAAAUUUGCGUUGGCGAGUAGUGUAUUUACUCGUUCAGGGAUUUACUGUCGAACGUGUUGCUAGACUACUUCACGUAGGGAAGACGUUUGUAAAAAAGAUUUGAAAUCUUUACCAGAACACAAAAACAGUUCAUUAUCAAUCACGGCCGGGUAGAGUGAGAAAGUCGGAAGGUAAGUAAGCUUACGAUUUGAACUGAGGUUUUUGUAAUCACUUCUCUAAAUGGGCCUAAUUGUAUCAAACGAAUACAUAACCAUUGUUUUUCUCACCUGGACUUAGCACAGGACGUGUUAUUCAUAAGAAGGGUAAUCCAGCAAUAUCCAGAGAUUUACGAGGAUGAAAUACAGGAAUGGAUACAGUUCGCACUGGGAAAGACAAUUCCCGUGUCCACGAUCGCUAAGCUAUUGAAGAAAAUGGGCUUUACACGAAGAAAGGUGCAUAUUGCAUGUCUCAUAUUUGAAAAAGAAGAAAAACAGUUUCUCAUGUCAUUGAAGCACGGCAGACUAUGAAGCACGUACAAUACCGGUAACACUUCCAUAUGUUGUAUGAUGUGUAUGAUUGACGGAAAUUUUGGAAGCGUUUCAGCGGGUGUUUCGAUUUGAAAAGUCACGUAUCAAGGAAAACGGUGGUAAUGUUUCUGCUUUUCUUUGAGUUAGCUAGCGCUACAAUCUCCAGAAGAACGAUGUGUCUUUGGAACAAAGUCGAAACAAUUUAAAAUGGCAGACAUGACUGGAGUCAGAGUCUUGUCCCCAGACUUCCAGCUUCGUCUCGUUUUCAUCCGACCAACAUUUUAGUGCUUUCAGUUCUGUUCACUGAGCAUCACUUUUCGCUACCUUCACAUGCAGGAAACGCAUGUUUGAUACGUUUCUUUUUUUAUCGGUGGUUAUUCGUGGUAGUAACUCAUAAAAAAAAUGCGAUGAGACAAGAGUACUUUCGUUCUCAUUUCUUGCUCGAUCUUCAGAAGGCCCCGCUACCUAGCAAGUAAAAUUUCUGCAGCCUGAUCAUGACGAUGUUCACGAAAACUAGCACGUUGGCAUGUGUUAGUGAAGGUUUUGGUCCUUAAAUAAGAUUCAACCUGAAGAAACUGACUAAAUGUGUAGACAAAUAAACAGCCAGAAAGGAACCUUGUAAGUUUCUGGGGUUUUUUUGCUAUCAUUUUCCAAGUUGUUUAGGCAGUGAAAGUAAAGUUCUCUUCAUAAUGUUCGCGUCGGAGUAAGCACAAAAACGUAGAGCAAUCAAUGUUUUAAACUUUACAACCCAAAUGUUUAAGCUUAUAAGCUUACAUGAAAACUAGACAGGCAGAAUUUGAAAAUUUGAUGGUGAAGUACAAGUAGCUAAAAGUUUAGGUGAAUAAUAACAUUCACAAAAGUUUACAUUGUUGUAAUAAAAUUCAACCAUAUUUUCGUAAUUGAGUUAGUAUCCACAUUCUGUUUUUUUAAAGUACCCAAACCACUUUGACAGAAACAAGUUCCCUUUUAAAAAUUCUGGAAAUUCCUAGGGGGAGGGGGGGGUGCAAAUCAAAGAGUCUUCCGUGGGAGGGUUAUGGAUAUUUUCUGGAACCACGCAAUUCUAAACAACAUGUGUGCCAAUCUCUGCCAACUACUUUCUAUAAUUUAUUAUUAUUAUUAUUAUUAUUGUUGUUGUUGUUUUUGCAGAUCAAUUUAGGUUGCUGCCACCUACCCCUCCCCUAAACCAACAUUUUGCCCUAAGUAAGAAGUAAGUGUUAAUAUUAGCUUAGGGGAGGGGUUGGUGGGCAGUUUCCCAGAAAAUUAAUGUAAAUUGAAAUUGGGAUGGUGCAUGCAUGAUGUAAUAACUUCCUUGACAUUUACCAAAGCUAUGAGGUCACCUCCACAAAGUACAACAGAGACAUCUACAAAGAACUGCUUGUAUCUUUAGUUGCUUCUCUUUUCAUGGGAUUUGGAGGGCUUUUCCUGUUACUUUGGGUUGGAAUUUAUGUAUGA